AUGGUUGUCGUGAUUCCCAACAUCGGUUUUGCUGGUACUUUGGAUGCCAAAUUCAACCAUACGCAACAGCGAACAAAAAAAUAUUUGAGUAUGAGAGAACGUCAGAGACUAAGUGUGUCGAACACUGUGGAGAAGCUUGACAUGAAUGCAAAGAUUGCUAGGAGAAUGGUUUUUUUUGCUGAGGCAAAAUGUAUUAAGGCUACGGUGGAGAAGCUUGACAAGAAGAGAAAGGAGCCCCAGGAUAAGGUAGUCGAGGCAGCAGGCAAAGCUAGCUACCAAACUAUGGUUUCAGAUAGCGACUAUACAGAGUUUGAUAAUUUCUCUAAGUUGCUUACAUGCCUGCUUUCUACAAUUUCUAUGGAACGCCUCAAUUCUCGCUCUUGUGUUUUUGUUCAAAUAGCCCACGGUUCAUAUGGGAAUGAACCUGUUGUCAUAAAUGGCAAAAAAAUUACAGUUACUGACAUAUUUCCUUUACUAGUUUCUGCCACUUUGAAGCACCAGAAUUUGGUGCGAAUCAUAGCGGUGUGUAGGAAGCCCAUGGUUUGGAGUAUUGUGACGGAAUAUGCAAAGGGAGGUUCUGUACGACAGUUUUUUGCAACGAGACAGAGCCAAGUUGUACCUCUCAAGCUGGCACUAACACAGGCAUUAGAUGUGGCAAGAGGGAUGGAGUAUCUGCAGAGUCUUGGCUUUGUUCACAGGGAUCCUAUGCCACGGCAGCCUGCUGACAAUGUUUUUUAUCGCUCUGCAAAUGUGCUUGAUUCCGCUUCUUUGCGGAGUGAACGGAAAUUUUACACUGAGCGUUUGAAUAACUCUUACGUAGUGGUGCUUUGGGAAAACGUGGAUAACAAGCAGACAAUGGUAUCAAAUGCUUAUGUUUAUGGCUUUGGGGUCAUUGUAUUAGAGGUGGUUUAA